AUGGCCAGCCCCAGCGAGCAGCAGCAACAGCAGGAUUAUUUCAGAUCUGUGAGCAGCGAGUCCACCACCUAUAUGAUGGUUCCAGCCUCGGGGCGAAGCCCCGCGGGGCGCCCGGAAGCUCCUUCCAAGAUGUGGGUGGCCCUAGUGGUGGUAGUGGUAGUCGUGCUGCAAGUGGCUUCCACCACCGGGCUCUUUGUCUACCUGAACAUGUCCAUCUCGCAGGUGCGCAGUCAGGGGGUGACGGAGGAGCUCAAAUGUCUGAGUUUGCUCAACGCUCUGGACCAGGACAUUCCGGAGCAGCUGGCCCAGCUGCUGGGAGAACCUUGCAUCAAGCUAGCCGAGGGCAUCAAAGCCUACAUCUCUAAGGUGACUGAGAACAUCAUCUCCAAACAAACCUUUAUGGUGGCCAGAACCAUGCCUCGGUCUUUCAACAAUACAGGCUCCAAGUUCCUGAGCUCGGUGGCGCAAAGGCCCUCGGCCCACUUGACCCUGCGGGACACCAGUUCGCAAGCAGGCUACCCUCAGCUGCACCAGUCGUGCCGUCACGUGGUGCGUUCGUGGGCCAACAGGAGCUUGGGUGCGCACCUGCACAACAUGACCUUAAGCAACGGCAGGCUGCGGGUUCCUCAAGAUGGCCGCUACUACCUGUACUCGCAGGUAUACUUCCGUUACCCGUCGCCCGCCACCGGCGAAGCGGACCAGCGCAGCGUCAGCCACCAGCUUGUGCAGUGCGUCUACAAGAAAACGUCAUACCCGAGCCCUAUACAGCUUCUGAAGGGUGUGGGCACCAAAUGCUGGGCACCUGACGCAGAGUACGCCCUCCACUCUGUCUACCAAGGGGGACUCUUUGAGCUGCGGGCCGGCGACGAACUCUUCGUCUCCGUAUCGUCGCCGACGAUGCUCAACGCCGACGAUACCUCCAGCUACUUCGGUGCUUUCAGACUGGACCUCUAA